AUGUCUUUGCAUUCGUCUCCCUCACCCCCGUCCACGCCAAACUCAUCGCACAGCCAAGCAUCAGAUGUCCUCACACCAAGCAGAAAAGUACAAGCUCUGCUUGCAAGAUUCGACGACUCUGACUCUGAUCUCUCUCCUCCGGAUAUCCCUAAUACCAAUGCGAAACCAUCACACGUGCAACAGAACCCUCCAAUCUUGCCGGUUGACGACGACCCAGAAGAGGAGGAUAGUUUGCAGGGAGUGCCUCGAUCGCGAAUUGCAGCCCGAUUGCAAGGAAUAGACAGUAAUGGCCAUGGCCCAUUGAGGAAUGGGAAUGAUGAAACGGUCAAGCAAGCUGGCAAUGCCACAUCAAGCUCGGAGAGUGACGAGUUGAUCGAAAACCCUGCCAUGAGGAGGAGACUUCUUACCAAACGAAAGAGCAGCCCUGUUCCGAGCACUGAAGUCCACGCCAGAUCUGUGUCCCCAUUAUUCUUUCCCUCGCGCUCAGCAACGCUCCAGGAUGCACCAAACAGGGCCAUGGACGAUUCAGACGCUGGACAAUCAGAACCCGGGACAGGCCAGAGCACCUCCAAGUUUCUAGCUCUUGUGCAGAAGCACCGUAAGCAGAGGCUGGAGAAGGAAGCUGAAGAAGUGGCAAAGCAAGCCGCUCGUGCUCAAAAAGUCCAAGGUGUGCAAAAGAAAAGUCGGCUUCAGCGCGGUUCGAGUCCCGCGGAUGAUUCAGAUGAAGACAGCGAACCUUCUGAGCUUGAACGGGGAAAGAAGUUGUCAACUCAAGCUCGCCCUGCUAGAAAGGCUAGUAAGAAAGCUCUCGAGGAGAUGAACCGAGAAACGCAACGUAUGAGCAGAAAUAUGCAGCUGGCACAUCAAGCAAGGACUAAGAAGAAGAUUUCUAAGGAAAGCCUCCUGGCCAGGUUCAACUUUCCGAAACCAAAUUCAAGCAUAGUUUCAAAAGGAUUCGGAGUCCAGCGGCCUAGCACCAGCAGUUCAAUCACUGGUUCGGAUACUGAGAGAAAUAGCACCCAUGAAACACCACCGACAAGUCCGAUGCAAGGUGAUCUGCCGGAUGCCACGAGCAAAGAGCCUGCUUUGGGAAUGACCUCGGCCCUAGGACAACACACGGGGGGACAUAUCAAGAGUCUUGACAAGGGCAAAGGACGAGCUAUUUCUGAGGAGCUGCUACAGGAACAAGUCUCUGUCCUCAAUGUACAUUCUUUGUCUGGCCCGAAUCCUAUAUCCAAGCCCACACUUAAGCAAACACUCAAGCAGCGCCACUUGGAGCUUAAAUUUGCCAGAGCAAUGGAUGCAGAGGAUUCUGAUUCUGAUCUUGAGGUUGUGACCUCGAAAGGUGACAAGCGGAAAUAUGCGGCAUUUGAACAGUUGCCUAAGCGCAAGGCGAAAGAGGCACCUUCUCACAUUGCUCUCCGAUCCCUUGCAAAUUUAAUGGGUGCUGCAGAUCGGAAACACUCAAUGAAUGCUGCAGAGAUGGAAGCUUCCCUCCGCAAAGCAGCCCGUCUUCAAGCACGACAAGAACGGCAACAGAGAAUUGACGAGCUCAAAGCGAAAGGAGUGGUGAUUCAGACAACUGAAGAGCGCGAGCGAGAAGAGCAAGAAGUUGAAGAUAUUCUUGAAAGAGCCCGACAAGCAGCUACGGAUAUUCAGAAGCGUGAACUAGCCCAGGCAAAGAAAGAUGGCGUUUACACCAAAGACUACUUAGACGACGACGAUGAUGACGAUGAGAGUGUCCAAAGUGCAGACUUUGAAGAUGAAGAAGAUUUGGAAGUGUCGGGGGAUUCUGAGGAAGAGCAAGAUGACGACGACGACGACGACGACGAUGAUGAAGAGGUGCAAGAAGCUGGAAACAGCCUCGUGAACGCUGAAGCGCAUGAAAGCGCUUCAGAAGGUCCAUCCUCUCAGGAAGAUGAGCCAGAAGACCAAGAGCACCCCGAUCUGGAUACUACCGACGAUCUGGCCAGUACCCUACAAAACAGGAAAAGUCGUGUUAAUCGUGUGUUGAGCGAUGAUGAGGAAGAUCAGGGGCUCAUUGACACACUCAGAUCGCCACAAUUGCCUCCUCCAGCAAAGACACCCCAGUCUCUCCUGCGCUCAGGUCGGAAACAGAUUCCGGGUCUACAGAUGUCCGAUGACCUUCCUAUUGGUCUCACUCAAGCAUUUGCCGCAACAAUGGCUGAUUCCCAAAGUCAAGAUAUGGCAGAAUCUCAACGGCAAAAUAGCCUUGCGAUGACAAUGGAUCUACCAUCGCCCAGUAUCACAAUGAUUCCACACCUUCAAAGACUGGACUCUAUUGACAUCAUCACCGAUAGUCAACCCGCUUCUCAGACACAGCCUUUGAACCUUGACCUUUCAUUUUCAGAGUCACAGCUUGUCCCUCAAUCUCCGGCAGUGACACUCGGAUUUGCUGGGACACAAUAUACUCCGUCGCAAGCACAAUUUGAACCUACACAAGACAGGGGGUACGUCAUGACCCCUUUCGCUGGCAAUCGAUUUUCUACAGAAACACCUCAACAUGCCCCUUCGUACUCAACACUAGAUACUCUGAUUCUUCCAGCAGAUGUUGAAAACAGCCCUAUAUUGCAACGGAAGUCCAGACUCCGACGAGGCCGAACCAAUUUAGAUGACUCUGAGGAUGAAGAUGAAGGUCUGGAUAAAUCAGCAUUCGAUCUCAUGCGGCAAGCUGCCAAAAGAAAACCCGUGGAAGCUUUCGACAAAGCAAAGUCACAUGCUAAAAAUGUCGUUGAUGAAGCGGCUGAAGAAUCCGAGGACGAAUACGCAGGGCUAGGUGGAGCAAGUGAUGAGGAUGUCAAUGAAGAAGAAAAUGAUCAUGAUCGAGAGAUGAUCGAUGAGGACACUCAGGUCGGGAUUGGGGACGAAGCAAAACUCGCCAGACUUUACGCUGAUCGUGAACGAGAACAAGACGAGGCCGCUGUCUCAAAGUUAAUGAAAGACAUCACCACUGGUGCUCUUCGACGGAAGCGAAAUCAUGAUGAUCUUGACAUCUCGGAUGAAGAAGACGCAGCGGUUAGGAGAAGGGAAGCCAAAAGACGAGAAUUUGCCAAAAUGAGGCGGGAACUCCUCAAGGACGAAGCUGUUGGCAAGAUCGCAGAGGAUAAGAAAAAGGAAGCCUUCCUUCGAAGUAUUGAGGACCGAGAUCUCAGCGAUGAUGACGGUGACCUCGAUCAGCCAGACACGCCCUUAGAAGAGGAAUCUCAAGAAAAGGAUAGUCGACAACAAGCGGACUACGAGCCAGGUGUACACGAAGGAGUUGGAGAUGGAUUGAGCCAAGCCCAUCUAGCCGAUCCCAAGGAACCUUUGAGUAUUGCGGCACCGUCCAAGCUCAACCAAGCGAGAAGUUCUUUGGGUCGAUUUGUCAAGCCUUCAAGUCAGCGACCUGCAACAUUGGCCGAAAUUCGAGAGUCAGUCUCAAUCCUCAUUGACGAGCCAGAUUCUCAGUCAGGAACAAUUGAUCUAGGGCUGUCCGAUUCCGAUGAUGAGUCAGAAGCAUACGUCAAUCUUGAUCGUCACCUUCAGAUGGCGGAAGCAGAUGAGAACGCUAAAGAAGGUGGGGAUUUAGGCGAUUUCAUUGUCGACGAUGACCAGCAGUCUCCAGAGGAAAUGGCUUUCAAGAAGCCAACGGCACCAUAUAGUGAAAGCCGCGCGCCCUUCUCAGAACGACGAACGAAGGAACGACCAAACAUCAUCAAUCGUCUAAGCAUGCUUCGACAAUCUUCAUCUUCGUCCAGCUCUUCAUCAAGCGCCAAAAUGGCAUUCUACGGCUCCAACUCCUCGGCAAGCGCAUCGUUUGGCAAAAUGCCCAGUCUUCUUCGAAGAGCUACAACCAACUCCAGUCUUGGUAGCCUUUCUGGAAAGAACGAGAAUGUGUCUGCCACUGGCGUAGUGACGAACAGAAAAGAAAGAGGAAAUGCUAAUGAGGAAAAGGAGUUCGUCCGAAAAGGGAACGGCGGGAGAAGGAAUGCAGUCAACUAUCGGCCAACGAUGAGGGAGGAGAAAAUGAGUCAGCGAGCUGGGAUUGCCAAGAAGGCAGCCAGUAAGGGCAAGAAAGCAAGUGGCCUUUUAGGAGGCCUCCUUAAACAAGAUAGCUGGGCGUGA